UCCUCUGGUUCUGUUCUACUGACCCAGUCAUGGGAACUGAUAGUUCAUUCAGUAACUGUUCACACUGGGAUAUAAAAUGAUCUUUUUAGGUUGUUCUGGUUUCUGACUGACAGGAAGAUGAAGACGUUGCUGUUGUUUGGGAUUCUUCUGCACGUUUCCCAGCAUGCUCUGGGUGGAGUGGUUGAGGUGAAUGAAGGGGCGGAGUCUGUGCUGCUACGCUGUCAGGGCUCUUAUGCAGUACCUGAGGUAAACCCCUCAGUUUUAUGGUCAAGAAAUGAUCUCAACCCCAAAGUUAUCCACCUACGAAGAGAACAAGGUGAUGAUCACAAAGACCAAAACCAGGUUUACAGACGACGAACCUCAAUGCACCUUGACGCUCUGCAAACUGGAGACUUUGACCUGACUCUGAGAAAACCUCAGCUGGCUGACAGUGGAAACUACACCUGCAGCAUCUCUGAUGGAAGAGCAGAGCUGAAGCUGGCUCAAGUUCAGCUGGAGGUCAAAGUCAGCCUCAUACAGGUGAAGGUGAAUGAAAAGGCGGAGUCUGUUAUCCUGCCCUGUAAAACCAAAGCUGGCCUAAAGGAGAACACCGUGGUGGAGUGGAUCCGUUCUGAUCCAGAUUUUAGGAUUGUUCAUGUGAGUUCCAACACAAGUGAAUGCAACACCAAUCAGGAUGGCCUUUACCGCGGCCGUACAGAGAUGAACGCUGACCUGCUGAGGACUGGUGACCUCAGCCUGACCCUGAAGAUCCCCACAGAGAGGGACAGCGGAAGCUACAUCUGCACCAUCUACAGAGAUGAGGACAUCUUGAGGCAGACAGUGGUACUGCACCAUGUCACAGAAGAGCCGUCUCCAACAGACGUCUCAGGUCUCUUCAUAUCUGUGGUUCUUGUGCUGGUGGUUGUGGGAGGAUGCAUCUAUUGGUGUUAUUUCUAUCCUAAAUCUGUUCACCAGGUGAAGGUGGAAUCAGGAUCAGAGUGUGUCCUGCUGCGCUGCUGGUUUCCAUUUCCACUGAUUCCAGGGUUUAGAGUGGAGUGGACAGACAGCCGUGGAAAGAAAGUCUCUGUUUAUCCCAAAGGUCUGGAUUCUUCUAAUUACCAAGAAAAGGCUUAUGAAGGAAGAACGGAAAUGAAUAAAGACUUGAUGAAGUUUGGGGUCUUCAGUCUGACAAUAAGAAACCCCCUAGAGAGAGACGGAAACACCUACACCUGCACCGUCUACAGCAGGAAGGGAAAGGAUCUGAAGAAGAAACAGGUGAUGCUUAAUGUCAAAGUCCUGCAGGUGGAGGUGGAUUCUGGAGCAGAAUCUGUUGAGCUUCCCUUUAAAGCCACAGCUGACCUUCCUGAAAAAGCUAAGGUGGAGUGGAGGGACCAAAAUAACUGGACCGUCCAUGUGUUUCAGAAUGGUUCUGAUCAUCUUCAUCAGCAAAACUGGUAUUAUAAGGGAAGAACAGAAAUGAAGAAAAAUGCUGUGAAAGACAAAGACCUCAGCCUGACAGUGAAACAUCUGACAGAAUCUGACGCCUACGCCUGCACCGUCUACGGCGAGGAGGGAGAAAUCCUCCUGAGGAAGGAGGUUCGUCUACAUGUCAAAGUUUUUGAGAUGGAGGUGGAGCCAGGGGUGGAGUCUGUCCAGCUGCCGUUUCAAACCCCACAAAGGUUGAACUGUGAGGAGAUUGAAGUGGAGUGGACGAACAGCAAUGGCAGAAAGGUCCAUAAAUAUUGUAGCUCAGACCAGCAUGAAGAUUGGUUCAGCUCCUACGCAUGCCGAACAGAAUUAAAUGAAGACCUGGUGAAAACUGGAGACUUCAGUCUGACGUUGAAAUACCCAACAGACUGGGACACCGACACCUACACCUGCAAAGUCUACGGAGCGGAGGGAACCAUCCUGGUGAAGAAACGCGUGGCACUACAUGUCAAAGAGCAUCAGGUGGAGGUGCAGGACAGGAACGUCCAGCUUCCCUUCAGGACGACGCCUGAGCUGCUGGAAGACUGCAGAGUGGAGUGGCUGCAGGUUCAACCCAAAUACAGAGUCGUUCAUGUGUGGGAGAAUGGAUCUGACCAACCCGGAGGACAAACGCAGACAUUUAGGGAAAAAACCAACAUGAAAGAAAACCUGAUUAAUACCGGAGACCUCAGUCUGACCCUGGAAGACUUCAUAGAGGACGAUUCAGGGAAAUAUAAAUGUACAAUUUAUGGAAAGCAUGGAAGGAUCCUGCAAGAGAAAACUGUCCAAGUUCUAAUGAAAGGGACAGUUCAGGUCCAGAACCAACCCAAGGACAUCAGGACCAGAGGCAGCUCCGUUGACCCGACUCCUCUCAUGGCUGACCAGUGAGUCUCAUGACCCAACCUGGGAGGAAUGACUGCUACAAUGGACACUGGCCACUUCCAGCCUUUAAAAACUGCUGUGGCCAAAAAGCAUUUUUCUACGUGUAAAGCAGAGGGGUCCAAAGUGGGUCCCUGAGGGCCGGCAUCCUGCAUGUUUUAGUCUCUCCCUGGUUUAACGCACCUGGAUCCAAUGAUGGACCAUUAGAGGCCAAAGAAGAACAUGGACCCGCUGAGAAGCUUGUUGGUACCAGGGAGAGAAUAAAACAUGCAGGAUGUCGGCCCUCAGGGACCCACUUUGGGCUCCCCUGGUGUAAAAGGUGGUUUUCUUCUAUUUUGUAAAUUGAUAUGUCUGUGUAUCUGCAGUGUAUAUAAAUGAUGGAUAUCUGUGUGUUUUUCAUGUUCCUAUCAGGAAGCUACUGUGAAACAGCAUUUAUGCUGAGUCAGGCCUGAUUUGUUACAACCUUUUUCUGCUUAAAAACAUUUAAUACAUAAAUGAUUGAUCCUUCCUGUAAUGUGACGUGAGAUCAGAGAAGGUUCUGAUGGAUGAAGGAUGGACUCUUCAUCCACUGAGUUUUUCAUACUUCACUCUUCCUGGUAAAGGAAGCAGCAGAGCAGAGGAGUGUAAAAAUGACUCUAGACUUUAAAAUUAGUCUGUAAAUAUCUGAGAGUCACCUGAUAUAUCUGCAUCAGAUUGAAGUGACACUUUGUAUUUCUACAUCUGGAAUAUAAUGUAUGAAAAUGUUAUAGAACUGGAGUCAGAAUAACAAAAAGAAGCAGAAACAAUUUAACUGGAUGAGCAACAUAAAGCUGUGUAAGGUGAACUGUAUGGGGGAUUUUUCUGCCAUAAUCCAAGAGCAAACAUUUUCAGUCUGAAA